AUGGAGACUGAAGCGACUCAGGCUGAUCCUGCUGAUUACGACUCUUUACUGCCUCCACGCAAGCGUCUUCUGGCCGGGAUGAAGCGGCAGAAUUGUGAAUGCUCGCCGCCUAUCUCCGAUGACCUCAUGGGACAUCUUCAUUGCCUCCUAAAUUCUAGCGAAUUAACCCCCGAAGAAAUCGUGGAGACCGUGAGGUCAGCAGCUCUGACUGCCGCCGAGGCUGCAGCUGCCGCCCGGGUGACCGCAACAGAGAAGGCGAUUGCCGCAACGAAGGCGAAAGCGUUUGCGAGGAGCGUUCUAGAAUUGGUUGCUUCUGUUUCAGGAGAUGAGUAUCGCACGAAAAUUCGUCGAAGGCGAAAAGCUAUCAAGAAGAAACAUAUCCCUGUUGAGUUACUUUAUAAAGUCAAACAUCCGCUGGACGAGGAGCUAGCCCGAAGAUUGCACCGCACUAUGAAUAGUUCCACGAGGAUUUCGAGAAAGUUGAAGAAUGUGGGUGAAGCUUCGUGGAGAACUAGAGAUAAUGAAGGUGGCAUAAUAUAUAAUGGAGAUUCAGCUUCACUUGUUGAAGAUCACAGCGAAUCAAGUGACGGAGGCUCUUCGGAGAAAUCGGGUGGAAGGAUUGUGAUGCGCUUCAGAGAUGAAUAUCAGGGGAAAGUGGCAGAAGAUUGGGAAGUCCCUUCAAGCCAUCAGUGUAAGGGUAAUGGUUUUGGUCACGGGAGAAGAGGAAGAAAUAAGCAAAAAGGAAUCUCUCUGAGCCAGUGUAGCCCGAGAGUUAAUGAAUAUCCAGGGGAAGUGACACAGUCCAGAGGUGAUCCGUUGAGUGGAGAACCAAAAUAUGAUACCAUCGAAAAUAUGCAUCUACCUGCGGAAAAACAAUCAGAUGAGGGAGAGUUAUUAUUGGAGACUACGUCUGUGAGGAGGUGCAAGAAAUUUAAAAUAUCUCAAUGUCAUUCUGAAGGUGAGAACUUGCGGAGUUUAUGCUCAAUUCCUGUUGUCAAGGCAGCGACUGCAUUGGUUCAAGUCGAUUAG